CAGAAGGACUUGGUUCUUGUAGCUCAAGCUCAGUCAGUGUGCGCGUGUUUGCCGAACGAUACGGACAACGGACGGACUUACUGUCCCGCGAAGAUAGCUGGUAUAUGGGCACCACCGUCGUUUCGAGAUUUCGCACCAAAUCCACAGCGGAGCGCCUGUGGCUGUCCAAAUUGGCUGCAUUUUCGCCUUAUAAGCACUUCGCAGUAGCACCUUAGAUCCUCACGCGACCGACUUACCAGAGUCGAGAUGGUGGCGACAGAGUUUGCAGGAGGAAAGCACGAAAGCUACGACAACGCUGGCGUCGACCUGGAGAUCGGCAUGGACAUUGAGCCGCAGCUGCCCCCGGUGGCGUUUGUGCCGCCAGAGCAGCCGGACACGUACGGUUCGCUGGUUUCAGUGAUGCCAAGUGACCCACCGACCGGCUUCCAGAACUACAAAACCGAGAGUUGCUGGAGCACCACCCUGCAGGUGUCGGUGCCCUUCUUUAUUGCAGGCAUCGGCACCAUUGGUGCAGGACUCAUGCUCGGAAUGGUUUCGCAAUGGGAGGUGUUUAAGGAAGUGUCGGAGUUAUUCAUCCUGGUGCCAGCCCUGCUCGGUCUCAAGGGCAACUUGGACAUGUGCCUCGCUUCUCGUCUCUCCACCCAGGUCAACAUCGGGAAUAUGGUCAGCGCCAAGGAUAUUUGGUCGCAGAUCCUUGGGAACGUUGCGCUUGUCCAGGUCCAAUCCAUCAUAGCUGCAUUUAUUGUGGCCAUUUUCGCCGUUUGCAUAGGAAUAGUCAUGAAUGGUUCCUUCGAGUGGAAGCACGGCCUCCUUUUGGCGGCGGCUGGGAUCAUUACAGCCACCUCAUCCUGCUUUUUCCUCGACUUUGUGAUGAUAGCUGUGAUUAUGAUUUCCCACAAACUGCGGGUAAACCCUGACAACAUAGCUACCCCUCUGGCUGCCAGCUUCGGGGACGUCGUCUCCAUUACUGUGUUGGCAAAUGUGGCCAAGUUCCUAUUUAAAUAUCACGAUUCUCUGCUGUACGUGACGCCUGGUGUUCUGGUUGGCUACCUGCUUCUCCUGCCACUUUGGAUUUUCAUUGUUAUCAAGCAAAAACACACAAAGCACGUGCUCACCACAGGCUGGACGCCCGUGCUCUCAGCUCUCUUCAUCUCCGGUCUGGGAGGUCUGGUAUUGGGCUCGGUGGCUACCCUCUUCCCUGGAUUCGUUGUGUUCCAACCCAUCAUCAACGGCAUCGGCGGCAACCUUGUGUCAGUUCAAACCAGCCGAAUCUCCACGUUCCUGCACAAGACGGUCCAUUUGGGCGAACUUCCGUCUUACGCCACCAAACUCAUCAUCAGCCCGAUUGCAGUUCUCUUCCAUGGAACUCCACAGGCGAAAAUUGCAAGAAUUCUACUUUUUAUGGCUAUUCCUGGACACCUCAUCUUUGCCUAUGUUGCCGACUACAUUUUCAACGGACAGUCCACAGUUAGCGUCAUCUUCAUGGCGACAUACUUGUUUGUCAGUGUGCUGCAGGUUGCAAUUUUGCUGUACUGCGCUCACAUUUUGGUGCACUUUGUCUGGAGGAGGAAAAUCGACCCUGACAGCUCGACCAUCCCCUACCUGACCGCCUUAGGAGACCUUUUGGGCUCUGGCAUUCUCGCCCUGGCGUUCCUCUUUCUACGCAGCAUCCACCGUGACUACACGCCAGUGGAGCUAUAGGAUUUUCCUCGUGAGCUUUUCUCAAACAUCAAAAUGAACCUGCACGCGUGCCUGUGAUACUAUUAAGGAAGAGUACAUGACAUAGUGGUAGGGUGAAUGUUCAUUUAUGUUUCCGAAAGACUCCGUUUCUGGGGAUCUGUUUUUCAAGAAUUACUAUCUAUUUUUAUAGAUCACGAACAAGAAUAUUCUACUGCUUGUAAUAAUUGCUAGUAUGCACUCCUAUUAGAAAGAAAUUUUUCUGAAAGCGUACCAAACAAGAAGUCAAUUUUAUGCAUUUUAUAAGUUUCAUUCCAAAUAAUAUCUACGUGCGUGGAAUUUGAAGUGCAAAAAAUUGUAUUUUAUAAAUUGAGCAGCCUGAUUAAUUUUAAGCAUCCAAACAGGAGGCGUUUAUAGACCGUAGACUAGAUGUUAUAUUAAUUAUUCCUCAAAUUCAUAAACGCCUGACACCUAAACUUAAACCAACCUUCUGAAAUUGUGUACCUUAUU